AUUUCCAAAUUUAUAUAUCCUAACGAUGCCGUAUUAAGUAAUUUUUUACCCACCCGUGUUUACGAGAAACAUUCGCAGCAGUAAUUUUUCUUUUGAUGUAUAACGCCGCACUGAUUAAGAGCGAAGCAGCUGGAUUAGUCCUCGUUCGUCAAGAGCAAACCUUCCAGAGCUUACGAGUUCUUGCUUGUUCAUGGAGCAAUUGCAGGCUUCUCUUCAAGCUCGUGGCUUAAGAGUUUCCAACCUCCCCGAUAAAGGCCGUUCUCUCGUCACCACGAAGGAUUUCUAUCCAGUAAAGUGCAGGAAAAAUUGGAAAUUUAAAAUGCAGCUUUUAUUUGCAGGAGAAGUAAUUAUAAGCCAAGAGCCAUACGUUUGCGUGCCAAACAACUCCUUAACUGAAUCAAGUUGCGAUGGAUGUUUCAGCAAAAGCAAUCUCAAGAAGUGCUCGGCUUGUCAGGUUGUUUGGUACUGUGGGAGCACUUGCCAGAAGCUGGAGUGGAAGUUGCAUCGACUGGAAUGCCAGGCACUUGCUAAGCUUGACAAGGAAAGGAGGAAGUCUGUUACGCCUACCAUCCGAAUGAUGGUGAAAAUUUACCUUAGGAGAAAAUUGCAUAGUGAAGGGGUCAUCCCGGUUACUGCUAUAGACAAUUACAAUUUGGUGGAGCAAUUGGUUUCUCACAUGUCAGGUAUCGAUGAGGAGCAGCUAGUGUUAUACGCACAGAUGGCCAACCUUGUUAACUUGAUUCUUGGGUGCCCUGACAUCGACAUAAAAGAGAUUGUUGAAAACUUUUCCAAGAUUGCAUGUAAUGCACAUACCAUUUGUGACAGUGAAUUGAGACCCCUGGGGACUGGAUUGUAUCCUGUUAUUUCCAUUAUCAACCACAGCUGCUUGCCAAAUUCUGUCUUGGUAUUUGAGGGAAGGUUGGCUGUUGUACGUGCUGUUCAACAUAUACCCAAAGAUGCUGAGAUAUUGAUCAGUUAUAUAGAGACUGCUGCAAGUACCAUUACUCGGCAAAAGACUCUCAAAGAACAAUACCUUUUCACUUGUACAUGUCCCUGCUGUAUCAAAGCGGGUCAACAUGAUGAUAUCCAAGAAAGUGCAAUUCUGGAGGGUUAUCGUUGCAGGGACAACAGAUGCAGUGGCUUCUUGCUUAGAGAAUCUGAUGACAAAGGAUUUGUUUGCCAACAGUGUGGCCUCACUAGAAACAAGGAAGAGAUAAGAAAGAUAUCAAGUGAUAUCAAAGCAUUGUUGGACAAGGCUCCUAAGUCUACUUCCUCUGGCAAUCCUCAGGAUGCCAUGAUUUUGUAUAAAAAUAUUGAAAAACUCCAGAAGGAAGUGUGCCAUCCCUUUUCAAUCAGUUUGAUGCGAACUCGGGAAAAACUUCAUGAGAUAUUAGUGCAGCUGGAGGAGUGGAAAGAAGCUUUGACAUUUUGCAAAUUGACCAUUCCAGUGUAUGAAAGGGUCUAUCCAGGAUUUCAUCCUUUACUAGGAUUACAAUACUACAGUUGUGGAAAGCUUGAGUGGUUGCUCGGAGAGACAGAUGAUGCUAUCAAAUCAUUGACGAAGGCGGUUGACAUACUGAGAAUCACUCAUGGGACAAACACUCCAUUUAUGAAAGAACUCUUGAUGAAGUUGGAGGAAGCUCGUGCUGAAGCUUCUUACAAGCUUUCAUGUAAGGAGUAGUAAACUACUUCACUACCGUCAUUAGCAUUGUCAUCAUGUGAAGCAUAAACGUUGCAUGUGGGAGUGAUUCGGUUGUUCCGUCAGUUCAAUAGUCGGAAGCCAUGAGUUUGGUUUUCCCCGAGCAUGUUCGAGAGGAUUAAGUUUACAAGAUGAAAAAAAAAAUUAUCUUAUUUCAUAUAUCUGAAAACCUAUUGAAAAAAGGGGGAAAAUUAUUUCAUAUGAUGAUGAAAUUUUUUGUAAGAUUCAGUUGUAUUAGUGCUGUUUUAUGCAUAUAAUCAAAUGAUUAAAGUUUGUGAUAUAUAGUAACUCUCUUUUGUU